AAUAUAAUAAAUAAAGUGGAGCGGAGAGGACAGAAUGGUUUCCCCGAUGGCAGAUUGGGACUGGGACUGUGGUCUGAAUCCUCGAGGAUGCCGGAACUCUUUCAGGUCUUUAAGCCCCUUUUCUCUCUCUGAGUUUGACCUAUGGGAGAAGUCGCUCUUAAAGACUCGGUCCUCAGCAUGGAGUUGUAUGGGUUUGUCUGGAUCAGGUCACCGCUCCAAAAUCAGCACCAGCUCUCUAGGCAGCCAGUGUGGAGUAAAACAGAGUGAAUCAGCCGGUUUGAAAAGGUGGCGGUCUGCCUCUCGCCUAGCACCUGAGGGUGCUCCUCCAGCCUGCUCCUCUCAGGGGGUAGAACUGAGAGUUGCCCUGGAGGAGAGCAGCAUGAGGAGGGCAGAGCUGAUCCGAAGGCUGCGGCUGGCUCAGGGAAGUCUGGACACUCAGACAGAUCUCCUGAAGGCCAAGGAGAGCCAGCUUCAGCACAGCCAGAGCACCACACAGAUGCUGGAGCUCAAGCAAAAGCAGCUGGCAAAGGCAUUGAGUGCUCUUGAGGAGGAGAAGGAUGCAGUUGAGCUAAGCCGCUAUAAGGAGAGCCGUUGUCGGGCAGAGCUGCAGGAAAAGGUGUUGCGGCUGGAAAUGGACCUGUUUAGGAUGAAAUCAAGCUUAGACAUGAAAAACUCUGAUGAAACUUCAGCAUCACAUCCAAACUCACAGCUAAACAGGACCAUGCCUGUAACAAAGGAUGACUUUAUCAAAGAGGGACAGAACCAGACAGAAACAGAGAUGAAGAAACUGAAAAAAGCUCUCAGAGAGGCUGAGGAGAGAACAGAAACCCUGGAGGCUGAAAGGAAUCAUGCAGUAAAACAGCUCUAUUCUUCUAAGGAGGGGCACCGCAAGGCACUGAACCAGAUUGAGGAGCUGAAGCAGAAGCUUGGAAAGUCUCUGCAGGUCCAGAGUGAGCUGCAGGAGCAACUCAGCGAUGCCCGCAGCCGCUUGGGCCAGCUGGAGCUGGAAAAAGACUUGCUCUCCACUAAAACAUUGCGGUUGGAGGACGGUCUAGAGGACCUAAAGGCCAAGCUUUCUGCAGCUUUAGCUGAUAAAGACAGACUGGUGCAGGAAAAGGCUGACCUGCAUCAAAAGACCCAGAGUUUGAAGUUGCAGCUUCAGAGAGCCCAGCUGGGUAGGGAAGGAUUCACCGAGCAGGUGUGUGAGCUCCACUCAGAGCUGACUCAGGCCAAGAGCCAGGCCAGCCGACAACAACAGAAUACAUUACUGAUGAAGGAGGAGCUGCAGUCAAUCAAUGAGGUAAAUGAGAAGCUUACAGCUGAUCUUGCAGCAGCUACAGAGAGACUCCAGGAGACUUUUAAGAAGCUUCAUGAGCUGGAGGCUGAGAGACUGAUCCACACCAAUCAGAUCACAGCUCUAGAGACUGAACGCUUGCAGCUGAUUGGAGAGAAGGAGGAGAUGGUUGAUGUGUUUGAUCAGGGAAAUCAGGAAGAGCUCAGAGAACUGAGGGAGAAGUGCUACCACCUCAGGGAUUUACAGAUAACUUUGGAGCAGGAGAAUCAGGACCUCCGGGCACAAUGUCAGGGUCUGGAGAAGAAAGUGCAGAAUAUGGAGGCGGAGUAUGGGUGUAAAGAGGAGGAGCUACUGCGCGUGGAAAUGGAGCUGGAAGAAGAAAAGGAGGAGCAGAAGAAAGUGGCAGCCCAUUGGAAUGAGCGGUGGCUGGAUAUCUCACUGGCUCUGCAGUCCACUCAGGCCGAACUAGAGGAGACUAAGAAACAUCAUGAGGAGAAAGAUACAGUGAGGGAGGACAUGGCAGCAGAAUUGGCCAGCAUGGUGGAGACACUGGAGACACAGCUAAAGAAUGGACAGGAUCAGAUCCAGAGCUUACUGGAACAGAAAACACAACUUGAGACAGAGAUGUCCCGAGUCAAGAAAGAAGCUGGUGCUUUGGAGCGAGUGGAGCUUGAUGCCUGCAGACAGCAGCUGGAACUAGAACAAAGCAGGAGACAAAGCCUACAGCAGAGACUGCUGGGAAACCCUGUGUCUCUGGAGGAGAUGGAGCUGGUGCAGGUGAUGGCUGAGCUGCAGAAGAUGUGGGACAUGCUAAAGAGCCGGGACACUGAGCUGGAGGAGCAGCAGCAGGAGCUGCAGUCUGCUCGAGGCCAGGUGACCCAGCAGAGCAGUGAGGUGCAAAGGCUGGAGCAACAACUGUCUGAGAGAGAGCAGGAGCUGAAGGAAAGAGAUCUCAUUUUGAAGAGCAUAAUGAGUCAGCAAGACAAAGAGAAAAAAGAAACCCAAAUGAAACUAACUGCUCUAGAGAAAGAGCUUGCUGGACUUAAAGCACUGAAGACUGAGCAGUCACUGAACACUGUUCAAAAAGACCCUCAGACUUCUGAAUCUUUGAAAGCUAAAUUAGAGGUGACAAAGAAUGAAGGGACAGCUGAGAGACCACAUACAACAAAACCUCCUCAACAGGACAAAGAACAGAAAGGAUCUCCAUCAGUUACCAGAAAGGAGAAAUCAGUCAGCAUUAACAACAUAGACCCUGACCACCAGAGAAGGCUAAUCACAGAACAACUGAAGAUUUUAUUUAAAGAGAGAGAACAGCUGGGCGAUAAAGCAUCUACAGCACUCCAGAAAAGACCUACCUCAGUGAUCGACUUGAGUCCAAAGUCUAAAUCUAUGAAGAAUGUGGAAACACUAAGCAGUGAGGGGAAGAAUCAGCAGGAGGAGCACAGACAGGCUGUGAGUGUCCAGCAAGGGGCAGAAGAGAACAACUCAGACAGUCAAGAGAGAGCUCAUUCAGAGCAGAUGACCUCUGAGGAAGGGCCACAGGUUCAGCAGAUGUCAGCACAGAGAGUGGAAAUGGAGGAGUUAAAAGACACAAACGAGAAUCGUCUCAAAGCCACGCUGAAAUUACAGCGGAAGUUCCAGGAUGUAAGACUGAUUAAAACUAGUGAUGAGGCACCAACCAUUGUACCCUGUGUUCCUGGCUUCCUAAAUAAUGAAGAAGAGAAACUUCAAAUGAGACCACCCUUGCUAUGUAUAGAAGGAACAUUCACAGCCAGGCAGGUGGAGGUGUGUGACUCAGGCAUGGAGGAUGAGGAAGAAGGCACCAAAUAGUGUUCACCUGAAUAAAUAUGUUAUUUGAGCUUUAAAGCCUAUGGUUGGAAGAGUCACUGCAUGAACUGUAUUAUUCAUUUAAUGAAUACACUUUUAGAGAAAGUGCCUCAUGGCUUUAAAAGCUUUGGCACUAGAUUAAGCCUUACUAUUUGUUUGAUACUAAAAACUGAUCUCUAACAAGACUCUUAAGGUGGCAAAAUACAAGGAGGUGUAUUUGGUGACUUUCCUCUUACAUUACUAAGACUAUGUUAAACAUUUGAGUUGUGGUUAAAUUUGUGAUUACUAUCCAAUAAAAUUAAUAACAACA